AUGGCUCAGGACACCCGGUCUCACGUACGACUGACAGUCUCCAACCGCGGACUCCAGAUCUUACUCGGAGCGCUCGGACUUGACAGUACCUGUUCCGGAUACAGCAAAGGCUCUGAGACCGAUACCGUUCUAUUAUCAAUCGACUUUGAAAAGAUAGAAAACCUAAUGGAUGGAUUUUCUCAAAGUGAUGAUAGUCAAGUGGGCAUCGCAAUUCUGAAUAUCAAGGACCUUUUGGCGCCACAGCUGAAAAAGAAUAUCAUAUCGACAUAUAACCUGGUGACAGGAUCACCGUCGUAUAUCUCUAAGGCCUCGAGGAAGUUUCUUUUCGGAGAGUCAAUAAUAAUCAAACCAACCAAAAUACUAAAGAAUAUCCAAUCAAUCAUUCCGAGAGAUCGGCCUAUUAUUCUCGUUGGCCACAAUGUCAAAGUUGAACUGAGGGUAUUAACUCGAUUGGGGUUUGAUUUAUCAUCACUGAACGCUGAUAUUAUUGAUACUGCUAGUAUCACUGAUGAAGUUUUCGGGGGUGCAGGUUAUUCUUUACGGGAAGUAUUGACUUCUCUCAACUGCCCUUUCAAUAAUUUGCAUAGCGGUGGGAAUGACGCGAACUUCACACUGAGAGCUUCACUCCUUCUAGCAGCCAAAGGCUGCGUUAAUCAUGGUCAUGCCAUGAUUAGCAUCCUAAGGAUGAUUUCUACUGAGCCAAUCCCAUAUCGAGUAGACCCCGAAGUCAAAGCAGCGAAGAAAAAAGAGAAAAGAACCGCAAGAAGUCGGAAGCAGCAGUCUAAAUUCUGGAGUAUUGACGAACAAAAUGAGAUUCGUGCUGAGCGCGCAGCUCGGCGAAUGUCAAGACAGGAGGGAAUACUCGGGAAGUGA